CCACUCAUCUAUUAUUACUUUUGUUUGAAAUCUUUGAAUCAAGCCGAACUGAAAAUCCCAAAUCUAGCGCUAGCUUAUCUCUGUUCAGGCUUCACUUCUGUAUAUGUUCCCAAGAUAUUUUGAACUACAAUUAGGAACUGACUAUGACUUCCACUACUUAUAAAAACGGUGCGGUUCAUAAGGGAAAUGUGAAGCCAAUUACUGCAACAUCUUCAAAUUUGAAAUCAUCUUCUUUCAAACCUAGGCUUAAUCCAUCUCAGUCGCCGGGAUCAGCUCUUCGCCGCAGCAAUCCAUCAUCUUUUGUCGCCGCUGCCGGAAAUGACGGAGUACCAGGAAGGGUUCGGGUGGCAGUGAGAUUGCGGCCUCAAAAUGCUGAAGAGUUGGUAGCAGAUGCAGAUUUUGCUGAUUGUGUGGAACUGCAACCAGAGCUUAAGAGGUUGAAACUUCGAAAGAACAAUUGGGACUCUGACACUUAUGAAUUCGAUGAAGUUCUUACUGAAUUUGCAUCGCAGAAGCGUGUCUAUGAAGUUGUUGCGAAGCCAGUUGUGGAGAGUGUUCUGGAUGGCUACAAUGGGACUGUCAUGGCUUAUGGUCAGACUGGCACAGGGAAAACUUUUACACUUGGUCGAUUGGGAGAGGAAGACACUUCUUGUCGUGGAAUUAUGGUCCGGUCAAUGGAGGAUAUUUUAGCUGAUAUUUCUUUGGAGACAGAUUCUGUUUGUGUCUCGUAUUUGCAGCUUUACAUGGAGACCAUCCAGGAUCUCCUUGAUCCAGUGAAUGAUAAUAUCUCAAUUGUGGAAGAUCCAAAAACUGGUGAUGUUUCACUGCCCGGGGCAACAAUUGUUGAGAUUAGGGACCAAAAAAGUUUUGUGGAAUUGCUGAGGCUGGGGGAAGCUCACCGAAUUGCUGCUAAUACAAAAUUAAAUGCUGAGUCUUCUCGCAGCCAUGCUAUUCUGAUGAUACAUGUUAAGAGGUCAGUUGGAGGAAGAGAUGAAUCUUUUUCAUGUGAAACUGAGAAUGCAUCUCACUGGGUAAAACCUUCAAAGCCACUUGUACAUAAAAGCAAGCUGGUUAUAGUAGAUCUGGCAGGUUCAGAACGUGUUCACAAGUCAGGAAGUGAGGGGCAUAUGUUGGAGGAAGCCAAGUCUAUUAAUCUUUCACUUAGUGCAUUAGGAAAGUGCAUAAAUGCUCUGGCAGAGAAUAGUGCCCAUGUACCAGUUCGUGAUUCGAAACUUACAAGAUUGCUUAGAGAUUCAUUUGGAGGAACAGCAAGAACCUCAUUAAUUGUGACCAUUGGUCCAUCUCCACGUCAUCGAGGAGAGACUUCCAGUACCAUAUUGUUUGGUCAGAGGGCUAUGAAGGUGGAGAAUAUGCUGAAAAUAAAAGAAGAGUUUGAUUAUAAAAGUUUGUCUAGGAAGCUUGAAAUACAACUGGACAGGCUCAUAGCAGAAAAUGAAAGGCAACAGAAAGCAUUUGAUGAUGAAGUUGAGAGAAUAAAUUUAGAAGCUCAGAGUCGUAUUUCUGAGGUUGAAAGAAAUUUUGCUGAUGCCUUGGAGAAAGAAAAACUGAAGUGCCAGAUGGAGUAUAUGGAAUCAGUAAAGAAGCUGGAGGAAAAGAUGGUGUUAAAUCAACAGAAGCAAGAAAGUAAUGGCUUCAUUAGCGAUAGAUGUAAUGGAGAGGUGCCUGGAGUUGCUGUUGCUGAGGAAGUUGCAGAGAUCAGAAAGUUACUUCAAAAUGAAAUGUAUAUGAGAAAGACAGCUGAAGAUGCGCUCACCAAGCUCAGGAGUCAGUUUGGGCAAUAUAUGCAAUCAGCGUCAUGUGAAGAUACAGAAAUUUCAAAGCUUCAGAAAAUGCUGGAGGAUGAGACACAUCAGAAAAAGAAACUUGAAGAAGAUAUAGUGAUAUUACAAAGCCAAUUAAUGCAACUGACUUUUGAAGCUGAGCAGAUGCGAAGAUGUCUUGGUGAGUAUGGAAAUACUUAUACAGGUUUGGAUAGUCAUUCUCGAUACAGUGAGACUGGGAACAGACUGAAGGCACCAAUUAGUACCCUUUUUGAACAAGUGGGGUUGCAAAAGAUAUUGGCAUUACUUGAGUCAGAAGAUGCCAAUGUACGAAUUCAUGCUGUAAAGGUGGUGGCCAACCUAGCAGCUGAAGAAGCAAAUCAGGAAAGGAUUGUUAAAGCUGGUGGUCUUUCUUCCUUGCUGAUGCUUCUUAGAAGUUUCGAGGACGAAACUGUUCGCAGAGUAGCAGCAGGUGCAAUUGCCAAUCUUGCAAUGAAUGAGUCCAAUCAAGAACUUAUAAUGCAACAAGGAGGAAUCAGUUUGUUAUCUAUUACAGCAGGCGAUGCUGAGGAUCCUCAAACCCUACGCAUGGUUGCUGGAGCUAUCGCUAAUCUAUGUGGCAAUGAUAAGCUUCAAACAAAGCUGAGAUCGGAAGGUGGAAUUAGGGCCUUGCUAGGAACAGUGAGAUGUGGACACCCAGAUGUUUUAUCUCAAGUUGCACGAGGAUUUGCCAAUUUUGCAAAAUGCGAGUCCCGAGCAGCUACUCAAGGGAUAAAAAGUGGCAGAUCUCUGCUGAUAGAAGAUGGUGCACUUCCAUGGAUUGUGCAAAACGCAAAUGAUGAAGCUGCAGCAAUCAGGCGACACCUUGAGCUUGCUCUCUGUCACUUAGCACAGCAUGAAGUAAAUGCUAAGGACAUGAUAAGUGGAGGUGCCCUUUGGGAGUUAGUACGAAUCUCACGGGAUUGUUCUCGAGAUGACAUAAGAAAUCUUGCUCUUCGGACUCUGAGUUCCAGUCCCAUCUUUAAAGCUGAAAUGCGGCGAUUACGGAUAGACUUCUGAUUGUUGCCAUAGUAAUCAGUUUCCUCUCAUCGUUUCUCUUUUGCCCACACUUUUGGGAUUGGGUGAUGAAUAGAAUCUUGCUAUGUGCUGGCUCGGAUUUCAUCUCAUUUUUCACUGAGUUACCAACCAAAUCCGGUCUCCAUCUUUGUGCACAUAGAAUGUCUCCUUAUGUUCUGGUAUCUGUUGUAUGAAUGAUUUUAUACAAAGUCUUAGAAUGCACGACCCCUUUUUUAGUUAUUUGUUUGUUGUAUAAAAUUGAUUCAUAUAAGAAUAUUAGAAUGCAAGUAAUUAUCUUUUAGUUUCUA